GAAAAUAAAAUUUUGGUUCUUCAGCUGUGAACCGUAACUAAAGAUUGUCUUCGUAAUUCGCAGUUUCAAUACAUUUUAAUAUAUAGUAAUUUUUGUACAUUGAACGCUUGGUUUGUAGCAGUGAACUAUAUAAUAAGUCACACCGGCAAUGGACGAGUCUGAUAAAUCGCAACAGAACAUGAUAUCAAACCUUCCCCUAUUGUUUGCAAAUGGAUAUCCAACUUCUCUGGAAAAAAUUACUGAAUCUCAACUAGAAAACUUUAUACCGUUUAUGGUACAAUGCUCUUUGGGACAUAUAAAUUUACCAAAAAAAAUAGACUGCAGCGAGCCUGAGUGGUGGCCAGAAAAUGCUUCAUUUGGCAUUCCGUUAAAGAGACCAAAACAUUUUGUUGGGAAUUGGAUGGAAAAAAUGAAGGAGAUUGUAGUUAUUUGUUAUCAAUUUCACAAAAGCCUAUUUUUAUUACGAUUCUGUAAUGACUUAGCCGCAUAUGAGCACGCAAGCUUGAGGUUUAUCAACAACUACAAUUCUACUACAUCUCUUUACGAUAGACGAAAUAACAAAUUGUUGGUGACAUUUCGAAACGAAAACAUGUCAUAUGAUCGACAACAUAAAAAUAGAAAAUGUUUGCUGCUGCACAAAAAUAAGACCGAUAUACAAGGUGAAGAUUCACAAUAUAUGAUGGUCGAACCACCUCCGUUCGAUAUUUAUCUUUGCGAUAAUUGCGAUGCCGAAUUAUAUUCCACGGAAGCAAUCUUGGAACAUGAAAAAAUAUGUAAUAUGGAGGAUGAUGUGAUUUUAUGCGACUCUCCGGAACCAGACAGCAAAAUCGAUACUAAAAAUGAAAACAUUGAAUUAAGGAAUGCGUUCCUUCUUAAUUUUUGUCUUCAAUCUAAAGCAACAAAUUAUAAUAACUCAAAAAAAACACAGGGAACCAACUUAUAUAGUGAAGAACUAGUUAUGAUGACUUCAAACAGAAAUAGACGCAUUUCAGCACGGAGAAAUCGAGCUGUGCCUUCACUUAACAGAUGUUCAUUUAUCCCAAUAUCAUCUCCAGCUGGACAGAAAUUACUGUCGUCAAUAAAACAGACAAUAUCUAUGGAAUAUGUAUUCGAAAGACAAGAGCGCUUAGAUAGAUUUUGCUACACACCCUUGUUAUUAAAAUCAAGUUGCAAGCAUAAACUUUUUGAAAAAAAAAAUUGUACAAAUAACAUACAUAUUACAUUCAAAAAAUUGCAAGAUUUUAGCUCACACAUAUAUGCUUUUCCACGUCGACAGUUUUUGCAACGAAGGGACAUUACGCAAAACUUUUUGUUUCUCAAUUCUCCUUUGAUUAAAAAAUGCCGUCCAAUUUCGGUCAGAUUGAAAAAACUGACUGACAACAUCGGAGAUCAAUUUCCUAUUACCAACACUAAACUUAAUAUUAGGUUAACACGCGAUACUUCACUUAACUCCCAAUGGAGAAUUUCCCCUUCAACCGAGGUGGUUGUCGACACAAUAGAUUUGUGUUCGUCCGAUGAUGACGAUCCGUCAAUUGAUAAGUCAAAAUUUAUAAAUAGAGAUACGUUAACUAUAAUGUCAUUAUCGCAUAAUAAGGAAGUUGCUGCCAGGCAAAAUAAUCAUAUAGGAGAAACUGAAUGGACUUCCCCAGCCGGUUAUUCACAAUCAACAGACGAUAACUCACUUAAGCCAUUAAAGCAAUCUGUCUACAUUUUUUCCAACUAUAAGACUAACUCAGUACUGAACACAUUUAGUCUUGAAUCAAAAACAAAUAGCUCAGAAAAAGCGCUAAGUCCAGCAAAUAAUUGUUCACAUUCAUAUAAUCAAGAAAAUUGUAAUUUGUCAAAAAGGAUAGUGACUGUUUCUGACUGGUGUGCAGCCAGUUCAGAAAAGUCAGGUAUUACUCAAACUGACACCAUUGAUUUUGAAAAUCUUUCAACUGUGCAACCCUUUAACUCGUCUGGUAGAGUAAUUUCCAUUGAUUUAACAACGUAGGAAUAGCAUGUAAGUUUAAUUAAGUAAUAUAAUGUUAUAUCAUAUAAUAAAGUUUGUAAAUAUCUAAGUCUUUUUCAA